AUGGCCACUAACAGCGCUGCCUGGAUCAAAGAGGCGAAAGCCCACCCUUUCGUGGUUGAGUCCGCUCCCGUUUGGAUGCCCGAGGCUAACGAGGUUCUUGUGAAGAACCAUACCGUCGCUAUCAAUCCCGUCGAUGGAUCUCUCCAAGCUGUCGGCUGGUGGCCUCUCGACUACCCUACCGUGCUGGGACAGGAUGUUUCCGGUGUUAUCAGUGCUGUUGGCCCCGAUGUCACUUCCUUCAAAGUCGGCGACCGUGUUGUUGGCCACGCUCUUGGCAUGGCCAGCAAACGUAGACAAGAUGGCGGCUUCCAAGAGUACACAAUUCUGCAGACUAAUGUGACAACUUUACUCCCCGAUAACAUCCCCUUUGAUAAAGCUGCAGUACUUCCUCUAGCUCUAUCCACUGCCGCCUGCGCUCUCUACCAGGAGACCCACCUAAAGCUUCAGCUCCCUACUGUCCCUCCGCGAAAGCCUACGGGUAAGACGUUGAUCGUCUGGGGUGGUUCAUCCGCAGUUGGAAGUAAUGCCAUCCAACUCGCUGUCAACUCCGGCUAUGAAGUCAUUACUACCGCCUCCCCCAAGAACUUCGACUACGUAAAAAAGCUAGGCGCCAGCCAAGUCUUCGACUACUCUAGCUCAACCAUCCAAGACGACCUAAUCAAGGCCCUCAAGGGUAAGACCACAGUCGGCGCUCUCGACUGCAUUGGAGGUGCAGCUCAAGGAAUCCUGCAGCAGGUCAUCGCAAACUCCGAGGGAGUAAAGGCUGUGGCGUCCACCAAGCGGGGUUGGCCUGAGCCACCGGCGGGCGUUACUAUGUACUCCAUCUUUGGCACCUCCCUUAGUGGUAAUUUCGUUGGAAAGGCGAUUUACAACGACUUCCUAUCUGCAGCGCUAAAGGAAGGCACUUUCGUACCAGCACCUGGACCAAAGAUUGUCGGAAAGGGCGUCGAGAAGAUACAAGAGGCUGUUGACCUAAUCAAGAAGGGUGUCUCGGCCACUAAAUUGGUUGUCACUCUGUGA